UAAGUCCUUGUUUUAAUCCAUUUACAAUUUAGGGUUUUGAAAGAGUCUAAACAUAUAAAUUAACCCAUUAAAUAGAGAUGCAGACCACUUUGAACCCUCCCCGCAUCUCCGCCGGUCUCUUUCUCCCCCCGCUAGCAGCGAGUCCAAAAUGGCCACAGUUCCAGGGCAGUUGAUUUGGGAGAUCGUGAAGACGAAUAAUUCUUUUCUCGUGAAAGAAUUUGGUAGAGGCAACGCUAGCGUCCAGUUUAGCAAGGAAAGCAACAAUCUCUACAAUCUCAACUCUUACAAGCACUCCGGUUUGGCAAACAAGAAAACUGUUAGUAUUCAGCCAGGAGGCAAAGAUCUAUCUGUGGUACUUGCUACCACUAAGACUAAGAAGCAGAACAAGCCUGCUAGUUCACUACAUAAGUCCGUUAUGAGGAAGGAGUUUCGCCGUAUGGCUAAGGCUGUUAGUAAUCAGGUUGGAGAUAAUUACUACAGGCCAGAUUUGAAGAAAGCAGCCCUUGCUAGAUUGAGUGCCGUUCAGAGGAGCCUUAAGGUUGCGAAGUCUGGUGUCAAGAAGAGAAACAGGCAGGCAGUUUAGAUUGGUGGUAGAAAUUGAGAUGAUAUGCUAAGAGGAUUUCAGUUUUAUGGUCGCUUUUUUCUACUUAAAUGUAUUGGAAAAGCCUUUUCCUCGUUAGUUGAGAAAUGAGAACCUUCGACUUUCGUUUGCCUUUGAUUUUGUUUUCCUUUUUGGAAGUUUUUCCGGAAAAAGAAAGAAAAAAAGAAUCCAUACCAUUAUCAUAA